AUGUCGCAUAUAUCUAACGAAGACAGCAAUAUUGUCAUUGCGAUGACGAACUACAAUAUAGAGAAUGACGAGGGUAGGGGCGAAAAUGAGGAUGACAGAAGUAACAGAAGGCAAAGCGUGACAAACAAGAGCCAAGAUGGUGGACCCAACCAACUCGAUUCAUCGACUCCUAACUCUUUCAAAGCUUCCCAUUCUGAAGUAUCUGAUUUGACCGAUGGCACGUCUCCAUCACCAAAUGAUGAGAAUAGGGCUACGAAAACAGCCAAGGCUACUACUACAGAGCUUCAGAAUAAUAAAGUACCGGUCGAAUUGAUUGAUGAUCGUAAAGAGUCGAUUAUUAUCGAGAAAUUGCAGCCAGUUGAUGUCGAUCCUUUGGAAGUGGUAGACCCAAAGAUUUCGGCAAACAAGGGAGCGAAAAAAAGUACGACCAAUAUAGCCACAGAGAAAUUAUUACACAACACGUUUGUAGUUUCACCCGAAUCAUAUAAUAACGGCAGAAGACAUACAACGCCCCAUAAUUCCACGGUUUUGAACGAUUCAGCUGAUUUAACCUUUCGCCAUUCUUUAGAUAAAUCAACAUCUCGUCCUAUAGCUAGAAGCACUUUCCCAUCUUAUAACAAAAGACAAUCUCGGAGUACAGAUACGGUUGGACAUACAUAUGCGCAUGAUUCGACUAGUUCAGAGAUUAAUAGAAUGAAAAACUCUCUUCUCGUACAAAGAAAUAUGAAGAAGAAAAGAAAUAUACUAGAAGAUGAAAGAGUACUUGUUGGGAAUAAAAUCAGUGAAGGGCAUGAGAAUUUUGUGAUGGCAUAUAAUAUGUUGACCGGCAUCAGAGUUGCAGUUUCUCGUUGCUCAGGUAUAAUGAAAAAUGUGGAUGAUCAAGACUUCAGAACAACAAAGAAGUUGUCAUUCAAUAUGGAUGGAAGUGAAUUGACCCCCUCUUCAAAAUAUGAUUUUAAAUUCAAAGACUACUGUCCCGAAGUAUUUAGGAGUUUAAGGUCUAUGUUUGGAAUAGAUCCGGCUGAUUACCUUAUCUCAGUCACCGGAAAGUACAUUUUAUCUGAGUUAGGUUCACCCGGUAAGAGUGGAUCUUUUUUUUAUUAUUCGAGAGAUUAUAGAUUUAUUAUUAAAACAAUUCAUCAUGGGGAACACAAACAAUUAAGAAGAAUAUUGAAGGAUUAUUAUAAACAUGUAAAGGAGAAUCCAAAUACAUUGAUAUCUCAAUUUUAUGGGUUGCAUAGGGUCAAAAUGCCGUUUAAUAAAAGUGGUAUAAAAAAGGUACACUUCAUAGUGAUGAAUAACUUGUUUCCUUCUCAGAGAGAUAUUCAUAUAAAGUAUGAUUUAAAGGGAUCAACAUGGGGUAGAAAAUACGAAGUACCUGUGAAUCUGAAGGAUUUGUCAAACUUUACUUUAAAAGAUCUUAACUGGCUUGAGCGAAAAGAUAAAAUAAAAUUUGGCCCCGAAAAGAGAAAAUUAUUUUUCGAGCAGCUAGAAAAAGACGUAAAGUUAUUACAAAAGAUCAAUGUGAUGGAUUAUUCGCUCUUAUUAGGAAUUCAUGACGUUAAGAAGGGAAACAAUACCGAAACCAUCCAAAGAUUAUCCAUUUUCGACCCAAAGUCGACAGAUAAAUAUGAUUUGAUUAAUACGAAUCCUAGAGAUAUUGAUAUUGCAAAUGACCUUCCGAACAAUACAUACCCAGGUAGAUUGAAGUAUAUAUUUUAUGGUCAUGAUGGUGGUAUUAGGGCUACAAAUGAAUUGAACGAGCCUUUAGGUGAGAUAUAUUAUUUAGGUAUUAUUGAUUGCUUAACUAAUUAUUCUAUCAAAAAGAGAUUAGAAACUUUGUGGAGAUCAAUAGGCCAUACACGCAGCACUAUAUCGGCUGUACCAGCUAAUGAGUAUGGUGAUAGAUUUUUGAAAUUUAUUAAGGAUGGCACAACGAACAUUAAAACAAAAAUAAAAUAG